AUGGCUACCCCCAGUGUCCUUACCUUUGAUGCUGAGGGUCGUGCUGUUGACUUUGAGGUCUGGGUUGAUGACCUCUGGCUGUUCCUACAGUGCGAUAGAGCAGACCGACUCUCCCUGUUCGAUUUCACCUCUGGUGCCUCUCCUGUCCCGCCUGCUACUGCUGACAGCACUGUUCGCUCACAGUGGGCCACACGCGAUGCUGCAGCCCGUCUUGCUGUGCGUCGCCACUUACCGACCACUGAGCGUGUACACUUUAGCCAGUACAAGAGUGCUCAGACCUUGGACCACUUCCUCUCAGUUUGCCCCACCACACUCACCGUUGACCUUCUCGAGGAGCGCCUCCUAGCAGCAGAGAAGAGCAUAGUCGCUGUAGGAGCCUCUCGUGGUGACCCUCGCACCCCCGUCUUUGAGGGGUGUUCCCCUUCCCCCCUCUUGCCCUCUGUUGCUUCUGCUGCUGCGGCCGACCUCGUUGGUUUCGAGUCGGUCGGCGCUGCGUCUGCCCCUAGCGGGAGACGCCGCACCGGCAAGGGCAAGGGGGGCAAGGGCGCUGGAGGGGCUGGCGGAAGCGGUGGAGGUGGCGGUGGAGGCAGUGGAGGGGGUGGGGGUGGUGGUGGGAGUGGUGGCGGGGGUGGAGGUGUUGGUGGCAGCAGUGGAGGCGGAGGAGGCGGCGGCGGUGGGGGAGGGAGCGCAGGCGGCGGAGGUGGCGGAGGCGGCGGCGACAGCGGUGGAGCUGGUCUCGGCUCUGCGCAGGGGAGUGGGUCCAGUAGUGGUCCGCGCCAGCAGCAGCAGCGCAGUCGUGAGACCCUUUCCCCUCAGCAGCUUCGUCAGUGGUACGCUGGGCGUCAGCGCGGUGGGGGUACUUGUCCCUGCACCUACGUCCUCCGUACCGGCGACCACGCUGGUGAGCAGUGCGGGGGCCCGCACUCCACCCAGCGCUGCUUUGGCCGCUUGACGAACGCGUGGCGUCACCAGUUCCCUGACGCCACUGAGAUCCCUGGCUGGGGAGAGCUGUCAAGGGCGGGGUUUGCUAUCUUUGAUCUUGAUUAUGAUGCUAUUCAUGCUGCCAUGUAUGCUGCGUCUGAUAGUGUUGAGGGUGACUGCUACCUGUGUGUUCCGCCUGACUCGGGCAUUGAGGCUGCUGCUCUAGGUGCUGGUGAGGCUGCUGCUCUAGGUGCUAGUGCGUCUGCUGCCCCAGGUGCUGGUGAGUCUGCUCUCUCAGGUACCACGUCGGCUCAGGCCUUACACACCUUCACCCUUGACUCGGGUGCUUCCUCCUCAUUCUUUCGAGACCGCACCACGCUUACGCCGCUUAGUCGGCCGGUUGCGGUCUCCCUGGCGCACCCCACUGGGGGUCCUGUCCUAGCUAGCUUCUCCACUGUCUUACCAUGCGCGGCAGCCCCAUGUGGCACCCUGUCAGGUCUCUACCCCCUCGUUCUCUACGAACUUGGUGAGUGGAGCUGA